AUGGCUAAAGAGUUAUACUCAGAUCAACAAGUAGGGAAUGAAGAAAGUAAUAAUCUGCUACAAGAUCAAUAUGAUUAUCAUGAUGAUAAUGAUGAUGAUGAAGAGACUCUCUCCCUUCGCGACCUUCCGAAUUCUAGGAUUUCACCUCAAAGGGGUGAUUUCUCCAAAGAAGAUGGAAAAAACUCAAUAUCCAAUUACAACAAGAAUCACCAUGAUGAUGAUGAUGAUAAUUUGUUUGAGUUUUUCAGCGAAGAAUUCGCGACUUCAACAACUCAUGACAACAUAAUCUUCUGUGGCAAACUCAUUCCCUUCAAAGAUCAUCCAAAAGAUGUUGUUCCAAGAGCAAAACCGAUCUCUUCAAAGCCCAAGAAAUGUAAUGACGAGGAUGAUAUUGGUGGCUUGAAGGUUAAGAGUUUUGCUUACGAUUACACAUCAAUGGGGGGGAAGGUUUCUUUGGUGAGGUGUGCGACAAAGUCUAGAUGGUUUUUGUUUUUGUUUGGGAUGUCGUCGAGUUCAAGGUUGUCUUCCAAGGAGAUGCAACUUAGUGAUAUUAGAAAUAGACUGAGCCGGAGGGAGCCGACGGCGAUGUUUCCGGUGGUGCCGGGGAAUGGGAAAGAGGUUGUGAAGAGCAAGAGGAAUGAUAAUAGUAAAGGGAUGUGGAAGAUGUUGAAGUCAAUUUCAAUGGUUUUAGGAUGCAGUGGUAGUAAAAUUGGUAAUGAUGUAGUGAAGACUGCUUUUGUAUGA